AUGUGGGCGUUCUUCGCCCUCGCGCUGGUGGCGGUCGCGGUAUGCAUCAUCCUGCUGCUGCGGCGCUACGCCGCGCCCAGCGUGGUGUUCGUGGUGAAGGCGACAACGGCUUACGCAUGGCUCGUGGCCUUUGUUGUGGUGGUUCUGGUGCCCAUUGAUGUGUUCUCCACCCUGAACCGCAAGGCGGACAACAUCGCCGUUGAUGUGCUGACGUGGCUUGUGCUGCCGUUUUUCCAGGUCUAUGCUGACGCGGGCGACUUCACCGUGGGGGCCCGCUGCUGGACCUCCAUAAAGGAGAACGGCAUUCUGUACGGCGCCGCCGGCGCCGCAGGCGUCAUCGGCGUUAUCGUGAUUUUGGUGGUUGAGAAGACGAUCAAGAUCACAGACCUCGUGGCGCUAGGGAUGGGCCUCUCCAACACCUUCGCGCUGAGCGUGGGGCUGCUGCUGAUGGGCUUUGGGCUGGUGGAGAUUCCGAGGGAGUUGUGGAAGAGCCAGCCGGAGCAGCUGCUCAAGUGGCUGGCGCACAGGACCGGGCGGUUUGCCGCCGAUGUGUUGAAGACCACUGCUGAGCUGGAGGCGGUUGUGACCAUCAUAUGCGCCAACGAGAAGCAGAUGCCGCGGCGGGACCCCCUGAGGCCGUACAUGGAGGUCAUCGCGGCGUUUGCAGAGGCGGAGAGCCCUGUCAAGCCCAGCGCGGUCAGCGGCCGCACCAUCGACGUCGAGCGCCUGGCCGCAGAUGACCUUGAAUACAACUACGACAUGGCGGGGCUGGCCGCGCUGAGGCGGAGGUUGGCGGCGGCCAUACACAACUACAAGGGCGCGCACGCGCAGUACGAGGAGGUUGUGACGCAGGCGCUCGUGCUGCAAGAGGUCGUCAAGUCCAGGGAGCGGCGCGUGUACGAUGCGCCCCCCGGGACGCUCGGCGCGGGACGGCUCAUCGCCAUUCUUCUCAAUGGGCAGUGGGUGUGCACAUGCAAGCGCACUCGGCCGCCCAUGCUGCAGCUGAACCUGCCGGUUGUGCCGCCCUACAUGCUCGCACGGCGGCGCCUCAUAUGGACCGCGGUGUCGAGUGAGUGGGGCGUGCAGCUGCUGACGACGCUGCCGCUGGCCUACAUCUGUGUGGCCACCUAUUUUGCGCUGUUCAGGGUCAACGCCUUUGACUACAACAAGCUCUUGCCCAGGGCCACCACUGGCGCGGCUCUGAUGCAGAACGGAAGUCUCAUGUGCCGUUUCGGCCCAGCCACAUGCUGGAACCUCCUGCACAUGAUCCACAUGGAUGCGGGAGUGGACGGGCAGAUGACUGUGUUCACCAAGAACAUGGGCUCCAUGGAGGUGCUGCCAGUGCUGGGCAAACACCUCAACGUGUACCUGCCUGUGCUGCUGAUGGUGCACUGCGCCCUCAUCUACCUGCGGCUGUGGGACCGCAUCACAGCCUCCUGCGUCAACUCAAAGUACCGCUUCAACAGUGACGACGUGGAUGACCGCUACACAGAGCAGGGCCGAGGGCUGCUGAAGAAGGAGCUGGAGGCGGCAGCCAACGGGCUGCGCAUCGGCGACGUGCUGCAUUCGGCCGCCAUUGAUGCGGAGUUCCCGGGGCUGGGGCCCGUCAAGAAACCGACCCGCAAGAAGAGCUGGUUCAACUUCGGCCGCGGCGGCGGGGCCGACGGCGCAGGCUCCCCACCCGCCACCGCGGCAAGCUCCGAGCGCGCGCCGCUGUUUGGCGGCGCCCGCAGCGACGAGGCGCCACGUGCUGCUGGUGGCGGCGGCGGAGGCCUCCUGUCCUCUCUGAUCAAAAACAAGUACACCACGAGCGGCAGCCCCCUGGCCGCGAGCAGCGACAGCAUUCGCACGGCCAGCGCGCUCGGCACUGCCGGCGCCGGCGGCAGCAGCGACGGGGGCGGCGGCGCUGCGGGCGGCGGCGGCGGCGGUGGCGGCGGCAGCGGGCUGGACGGGAUAUUUGCUGAGAUAUCUCCGCGACCGCAGGCCGGAGGGCGGCGCCCGACGCGAGGAGGGGGCUAG